CUGCACCCUGUUCAUCCUCACGGCUCCUUCUCGCGCCCCAAAGGAUAACUUUUAAAGGAAAUCCACCUGGAGUGACAGGACCGUUCCCAUUAUUCCAGAGUUGUUGUGUUUUCUGUGGCAAGAUCCAAACUGGGAUACGGUUACAAGAACUUUUACGCAAGAAAAGGACAGCGCUGUGCUUCAACUGCAGUCUGACUGUAGAUAUUCGAGUUUGAGAAAUUUAAUUUGGCUGUUUUCAGCGGUGAGAGCGGUUCAUGGUGCGACUGGGGAGGCGUCUAAUUUAAAAUAAAAAUCGCUGUUUAAUCGAGAUCUUUUUUUUUUUAAGUUUAGGCGGAUUAUUUUUUUAUAUCUCGGCUGGAUUACCUGUGCCAACAGACUGUUACCGACCCGCAAAAAAUAUUUGGGAGACUCGUUCACUUAUUUGCGUGUUGAAGUGAGAUCUCAGGCAGUUUGUGGUGUUUAUAUCCAGCUUCCACGCGGCACCGUGUGCGGCAGAUAAGAGCGCCGAUAUAAGACAAGCCGAGCGCCGCCAGCGAGCUUUUAUUGCGCGUCUUUACUGAAGUUAGAGAAACUCCCAACAGCUCUGCUGUUCCUCAAGCCAACACAUCAUGUGCAGAUGAUCUAGCCACAUAGUCCUCAGAGUUUGUUUCUGCUCAGGUAGCGAGGCUCUUUUUCACUCUCUCUCUGCGCUCUCGCCUCCAACCUUUGCGCCUACAUUGUGGACUCUUGAGACCAGCGGCGUGUGGAGAGAAAAAGUUUUUUCCUCCAAAGACUUUUGUUCUUCUGCUACGACCCAGUCAGGUGGCACUGACCCAAGCUGUUGUGAUGCAUAUUCCCGUAGAGCCGCCGACCACCAGACGGUUCACACCGCCAUCCACAUCCUUCCCCUGCAGCAAGAUUGGAGACAGCAACGGGGCCAUGUCCACCGCGGGGCCCAUCAGGUCAAGACCGGACACCAGGAACGUGGUGGACGUCCUGGCGGACCACGCGGGCGAGCUGGUCCGGACCGACAGCCCAAACUUCCUCUGCUCCGUCCUGCCGUCUCACUGGAGGUGCAACAAGACGCUCCCCGUGGCUUUCAAGGUCGUGGCUCUCGGUGACGUCCCCGACGGGACUCUGGUCACCGUGAUGGCGGGGAACGAUGAGAACUACUCGGCCGAGCUGAGGAACGCCUCGGCCGUCAUGAAGAACCAGGUGGCCCGCUUCAACGACCUGCGCUUCGUGGGCAGGAGCGGACGAGGAAAGAGCUUCACUCUGACCAUCACCGUGUUCACCGGACCGCCUCAGGUGGCCACGUACCACCGCGCCAUCAAAGUGACCGUGGACGGACCCCGGGAACCUCGCAGGCACAGAGUGAAGUUAGAAGACCCCCAGAAGAUGCAAUUCUCAGACAGGCUGUCAGAGAUCGAGCGCUACCAGCGGAGUAUGAGGAUAGGCCCAGGGAACACUAAUCCCCGCCAGAUCCACCAACCCCACCUCGGCACCACGCCAGCCCUGUGGCAGGAGCAAAUGGACACCCCCGCUUUGAAGACCUGCAAGGUGGAGGAGGACCUGAGACCUUGGCCAGCGACCACCGAGCUCUUCCCGCAGAGGACCACCUUCCCAUCUCUGUCACCGCUGACUGACCCUCGCUUCUCAGAUCCCCGCAUGCACUACCCCGGGGCCUUCCCCUACUCCGCCAACACCUCCAGCACCGGCAUUAGCGGCCUUAGCAUGUCAGCCUCUACUAGAUACCACACCUACCUGCCGCCGCCCUACUCAAACAACCAGUCCCAAAACUUCCAGUCCAACUCUUACCUGUAUUAUGGCACAGGCUCUGGAUCCUACCAGUUCUCCAUGGUGGCUCCGGGGAAUAGCGGUGGCGAGCGCUCUCCUACCCGCCUACUGUCCUGCUCGGGGGCCACGGGCACUGGCGGGACCAACAGCCUGAUGAACCCGGGCCUAAACACCCAGAGCGAGGGCGUGGAGGCCGAAGGCAGCCACAGCAACUCCCCCACAGCCAUGAGCGCUUCAGGUCGCUUGGAUGAAUCUGUCUGGAGGCCUUACUGACUGAGGACAGCCAGACAAGAAGAGAGGGAGGGAAAAAAGGAAAGAGGAUGAUGAACAAAAAAAAAGCUGAACACUGAAAGAAAAGAAAAAAAAAAAAAGAGAUGCUGCAUGUUUGUCUUUUAUUUCUCCGGCACUCGCUUUAAAGACAUUCUGCUUUUACCAACUCUCUCAAGACUUCUUUGUUUUUUUUUUUGUACAUUUUUUGAGUGACCUCCUGCACUGUACCAAAACAGGUAAAGAACCAGAAAAGCCAUACGAGCUGACACGUUACUCAGCAGAGAGCGUAAAACAAAAGAAGCCACGGUAACGUUUCAGGAUCAUUCGUCUUGUGCAAACAGGUCCUCAUCAAAGACAGACGAACAAAAGACGGCAGAAGUGCGCUCAGUCGGUACGGCCGACGGGCUGAAAAACCGCAGCAGAAAUUCCUCAAACAGACUCGAUCGGCAGGAGGAGUCGGGCUGGAUGUUUGCUCCAUGAGCGACUCCCUGCGAGGCACGGCUGCAGCAGUCGUCCCUUUUUAAAGCUUUAAUUUCUGUAAAAUCUCAGCAUUGUAAAAACAAAAAACACCCAGGGCUAGUUAUGCAGUACCUUAUUGUGUAAUUUAUUAUCCAAAUGGACACAUCAGCCUUUGGUGCCACACUGUGCAGCGGGUGUUUCAACACAAAUGAUGCAUAAUUGAGAAAGGAAAGCAUUUUACCUUCCAGGACUUCUUAAAUGCUUUAAGAAAUGAAUUCUCCUCUGCUGUAUCAUCGCGGAUCAUGUUUCAACAGGACAAUGGCUGAUAUUUUGAGGAAUGUAUGAAGACUAAAGCAGAGGAAGGUUUAUUGGUUUUGGUAUGUUGGAGUCCUGUUGUCUCUACUCUUGACUUUUUCUUUGACUUUCGCGUUCAGUCCCUUUUCUAAAGAAAAAAAAAAGUCCUAGUCUGGUAUUUUUAAGCUGGAUGAGACAGUUUACCUUUGAUAUUUAUUUGAGCCAAAAUUUGAGGAAAUGUAUGCAUAUACCCCAAAUCCUUAAGCAUUUCUCUCUACCUUCCCUUUUUUUAUAUAAAUAUAUACAGUAUAUAUAUAUACACACACACCAUGUUUUGUUGUUAAGUAUAAAUUUGGAAUUUGUGUAAUAUAUUGCUACUAAAUUAUAAAAAAAACAAAACCUUUAAUGUAAUUUUUUGCCUUCCAAUGUAGCUUUGAUGCACUAAAAACUUUGAUUCCUGAGUGAACCUUCCCGGCAGCAUCCGUCAGUGAGAGCUGUAAUCUUUUAAAUAAGUUCCAAAUUGCCUUCCUAUGCUUAAAAAAAAGCCAUUUGCUGAAUUUUUUUGCACUAUGUUUGAACUUUCAUUUCUCUUUUUUUUUGGUUAUAUAUUUACAAAUAUCUGGAAGCAUGCAGAGCUGAACGUGGAACGUGCUCGCUGAACACUGCCCUUUAAAUCUUUCGCCAAAUAAUUAACGAUUUUGUGAUCGGACUCACAAACGCAUUCCUGCACCACAGGUGUGUGUGUGUGUACAUUCCCCCUGUCCUGGGAGCCUUUCCCCUUUAGGUACACAUGUGAGCCCCUGUUUCCACAGGAGGAGGAGGAGAGUGAGGAUGAAGAGAUGGAGGGAAAAGGUGGGAUCAGAGGGGUAUCUUCUUACAACACCAAGGGCAGUUAAGCAAAAAAAAAAAAUAAAAAAUCCCUUGUUGUGCACCAAUCCUUUUGUUCUAAAUAAUCAAUGAGUGCUUUGAAGCCUUCAUGGCCUCUGGUCUAUUUUACUGAUCAUCUGUGCCAGGGGCUCGGAGAUCUGCCAGCUCUGCCUGCACAGAUCGUCCUGGCACGAGGUGCGCUAAAGAUUCUGUAUCUACAACAAGUAUCAGGUAUCCAGUAUUUACCAGGAAAGUCUUUCACAAGAAUGAAGAUGAUUAGCAUUCAUGACUCUGAAAGUUGGAGGUUUAGUUGAUACACAAGUAAGCUUUCAUUUCACAGUGAGAAGUGAUCCAAAGAAGCUUGCAUCUGCAGCUCAGGUAAAAAAAAAAAGUUAUGCAAGGUGUUAUGUAUACCUUCUGCCUUAUUCCUCAGUUUUUCUAAAUGAUGAUGUCUCAUUCCUAUGUCCCUUUGGCCUGUAUAUGCCUGAAAACCUUACUGUAUUAUAGGCAAAAAUCAUGCAGCUAGAGAAACCACCGACGUGCUGAUAUUUGUGUGGUUCCUUCAAAAACAAAAAAACCAAAGAUCUUCACAACUGCCUGUAAUACUGUUUGGAUGUUAUUGAUGAGGAAGAUGUGUGGCAAAAAAAAUGUUGUUUUUUUUUUUUUAUGUAAACCUAAGAAGCCAAAAUGUACAACUGUAUUUUAUUGUUUAUUGAAGAGCACAAUGUUACUAUUUUUUUUUUCUUUUUUAAAAGACUCCCUUUCCAAGUUAGCAACAUGUUUAUUCAUCGUGCUCUCUCCAUCUCUCUUAAAGCUCAAAGCAUGUACAUCUGAAACGGAUAUGUUAAUUUAAAAAUCUCAUCCAUGUAUGUAAUAUCAAUAAUGCUUCUAUACUGAGUGCUUGUAAAGUUUGCCACAAUGUAGUUUUUAUUCAUUUUAAUUAAAAAAUGUGUCUCA